CAGGGAUUCUCAUAUUAUUUUAAGAUUUAGCAACCUGCGAUUUGAAGAGUUUUGAGAACAACCGCGAUGUCUCAAUAUCAUUUACACAACGCUAUGCGCCGCGCAGCGAUGGAGAAAUUACAUCUCGUCCGUGUGUCAAAGGAGCCUCAACGGCUUCCAAAAGACUUUUAUGACAAACCUCGACAUAAGAACUUUAAACUGGAGUCAAAAGAACGGUCGCUGACAGUGGAGUUGGAAAAAGUGAGGGAGGAAAGUGUCGUGCACCUGCAAGUUGUGCAAGAUCUGCAGAACCAACUGAUGGAUGCAAGGACGCAACUGAAAAGGGAGAUUAAGGAAAAGGAGACGCUUCAGGUGGAGUUUGAAGGCAUCACAAAGAAAAAUAACACUCUGACAAGACAGCUGGAGACGGAGACUGUUGAGGUGGCCAGACUUCAAUUUCUGGACAAAGUAGACCAAGCAGAUAUUGAAGAUCUGAGGGACGUAUAUGACCUCAAGCAUCGUGCAGCUCAACAAGACGAACAUGAGCUGUUACUCAUCAGCGAUAAAGAUGAGGAAAUACAGAAGCGGACCUAUGCUGGAGAAGAGAUGAGUCAAACACUGCAUGAUCUUCUGAAAAAAGAAAUCUCUCUGAGUGAGCAGAACAGGGACGCCACCAAUGAGCUGGCUCGACUUCAGUCUCUGACAGCAAAACAAUAUGAGGAGAAGAGAAACCUGAAGACAGCUGUUCAGGAUCUCCAGUACCAAAUGGAGCUGGCUAACGAACAAAUCUGCCAAAUGGAUGAGCAAAAAGCAAUCCAAACCAGGAAAAUGGCUUAUUAUGAGGAACAGUUAGAUGAAUAUCACAUCCUAACAACCGAUUUGAAGCAAUCAGUCUGUGAUCUUAAACACCAGCAAGAGGCGAGGCAAGAGGAGGAGAUAGUAGCUGGCGCUGAUCUUCAGCACCAGGUAAGAGAAGGUCAGGAACUCAUCUGGGAUGAAGAUGAGGAAAUACAGAAGCUGACCUGUGCUGUAGAAGAGUUGAGUCAAGCACUGCAUGAUCUUCCAAAAAAGGAAGUCUCUCUGAGUGAGCAGAACAGGAACGCCACCAAUGAGCUGGCUCGACUUGAGUCUCUGACAGCAAAACAAAAUGAGGAGACGAGAAACCUGAAGACAGCUGUUCAAGAUCUCCAGUCCCAAAUGGAGCUGGCUAACGAACAAAUCUUCCAAAUGGACGAGCACAAAGCAAUCCAAAUCGGGAAAAUUGCUUAUUAUCAGGAACAGUUAGAAGAAUGUUACAUCCUAACAACCGAUUUGAAGCAAUCACUCUAUGAUCUUAAACACCAGCAAGAGGAGGAGAUACUAGCUGGCGUUGAUCUUCAGCACCAGGUAAGAGAAGGUCAGGAACUCAUCAGGGAUAAAGAUGAGGAAAUACAGAAUCUGACCUGUGCUGGAGAAGAGAUGAGUCAAGCACUGCAUGAUCUUCAGAAAAAGGAAGUCUCUCUGAGUAAGCAGAACAGGAACGCCACCAAUGAGGUGUCUCAACUUGAGUCUCUGAAUGAGAAUCUGCGGAAACAAGUUCAAGAACUGCAGAAAAACGGGAAAAUCACAGCUGAUGAGAACCAGAGCCUUAUCGCGAAGGUGGCUUGCAUUGAAUCACUGAGACAAGCAGAGACUGAACAAUUACAACGGAGUGAGGAACUCAUCAGGGAUAAAGAUGAGGAAAUACAGAAUCUGACCUGUGCUGGAAAAAAGAUGAGUCAAGCACUGCAUGAUCUUCAGACAAAGGAAGUCUCUCUGAGUGAGCAGAACAGGAAUGCCACCGAUGAGCUGGCUCGACUUGAGUCUUUGACAGCAAAACAAAAUGAGGAGACGAGAAACCUGAAGACAGCUGUUCAGGAUCUCCAGUCCCAAGUGGAGCUGGCUAAUGAUCAAAUCUGCCAAAUGGACGAGCACAAAGCCAUCCAAACCAGGAAAAUUGCUUAUUAUCAGGAACAGUUAGAAGAAUGUUACAUCCUAACAACCGAUUUGAAGCAAUCAGUCCGUGAUCUUAAACACCAGCAAGAGGCGAGGCAAGAGGAGGAGAUACUAGCUGGCGUUGAUCUUCAGCACCAGGUAAGAGAAGGUCAGGAACUCAUCUGGGAUGAAGAUGAGGAAAUACAGAAGCUGACCUGUGCUGUAAAAGAGUUGAGUCAAGCACUGCAUGAUCUUCCAAAAAAGGAAGUCUCUCUGAGUGAGCAGAACAGGAACGCCACCAAUGAGCUGGCUCGACUUGAGUCUCUGACAGCAAAACAAAAUGAGGAGACGAGAAACCUGAAGACAGCUGUUCAAGAUCUCCAGUCCCAAAUGGAGCUGGCUAACGAACAAAUCUUCCAAAUGGACGAGCACAAAGCAAUCCAAACCAGGAAAAUUGCUUAUUAUCAGGAACAGUUAGAAGAAUGUUACAGCCUAACAACCGAUUUGAGGCAAUCAGUCCGUGAUCUUAAACACCAGCAAGAGGCGAGGCUAGAGGAGGAGAUAGUAGCUGGCGUUGGGCAGCAGGGAGAUGAGAACUUCUCUGAGACGACAUCUGGGUAUCAGAGCGAUGAGAGCCUCCCAGAGUCUCCAGCUUCUGUGUCUCGGACCAGAAGUUUCUUGUGCCGUUCUGCUAAAUGUCUGCUGAAAGUAGGUCUCCCGCUUGCCAUCACCGCUGUGGGUGUAGGCCCAGGGUGUAACUACCUGAUGGACUAUACCUACUACCAGCUACUGCCCUACGCCAACAACUUUGAAUUGCCUUUCAUGUAA